CGUUGCCUCCACUCUCCUCUACAUAUACAGCACCACCUCCCUCUUCCUCCUCGCUCUACCCCUCUACUUGCUCGCAGUAACUCUAGUUCUAGCUACUCCCUGCACGGUCCUCCCAUUACCACGAGCGAGCGCGUGUCAUCUCAUCUGGGCGCCCGGGCUACGCGGUGCUCGAUCUCUGCGCGCGCAUGGCGGCGAGCGAGCAGAGCUCGGAGUCCUCGUCGACGUCCUGCACUUCCUCCUACUCCACGUCCUCGUGCUCCCCCAGGGCCGACGACAAGAAGCAGAACGGCGGCAACAAGCGGAAGCGCGCAGCGGCGGCCGACGAGGAGCCGGCCCCGGCGGCGGCGUCGUCGGCGUCGUACCGCGGCGUGCGGAUGCGGGCGUGGGGCAAGUGGGUGUCGGAGAUCAGGGAGCCGCGCAAGAAGUCCCGCAUCUGGCUCGGCACCUUCCCGUGCCCGGAGAUGGCCGCGCGCGCCCACGACGCCGCCGCGCUCAGCAUCAAGGGCGCCCGCGCCGUGCUCAACUUCCCGGACCUAGCGCCCGCGCUCCCGCGCCCGGCCUCCCUCGCCCCGUGCGACGUCCAGGCCGCCGCCGCGCGCGCCGCCCUCAUGCACGACCACGACCACCAGUGCUGCUCCGCCUCAACCUCCCCCGCCGCCGCUCCCGCCUCUCCGCGCGGCAAUACCCCGGCGCCAUGCGGCCAGCCGGCCGCGCGAGACGAGCCGGAGCAUCAGCCGCCGUUCCAGCCGAGCCAGGGAAACGAGCAGCAGCUCACGGCUGCACAGGUGGAGAUGGUGUUCGACGAGCUGGCGCCGCUGUGGGUGGAGGACGUGGUGGACUUCGCGCCGUCCGAUCACUGCUGGACGGCGUACGAUUGUCUCGACCCCAUCGGCUUCCAGCCUCUCCUGUGGGAGUAUUAGGCCUGUGCCGUACAACACCUUGAUUUCCUUUCUUCUUCUUUUCUUGGUUUUGUGUGGUUUUCUAGUGCUGCUUAAAAUGAAGCACAUUUUUCGCUUUGUCAUUUGGUUUGCGCAUGCUUGGGUUUGGACUACUUGUAAGUUGAUAUGCUUGUGACCAAUUUAGCUUAGAUGUGAGCUGAGUUUGAACAUAUAAGAAUCUAAUGUACAUGUGAAUUAUGUGGGGUUUAGAUGACCGCAAAAUUACGGGUUUUCUUACAGGUGAAA